CAAGAUCAUCAGACCAGGAAGUUGGAAGUUUCCUGCUAGGCGACUCCUACUUUUAACGAGUUUUAAUUUAGUAUAUAUAUUUUUUUUAGAAAAGCAGUGAGUGGAGCGUGUUAAUUAUUGUUCAGUAUUUGUUGUUAAAAGUGUCCGUCUUUGUAGAAUAAACUUUUUGGAAGUCAGUAAAGCGGGAAGACAGAGCUGGUCGUAAAGUCGUCACUCAUCAUUAACUUAAGAUGUUGCCCUCAAAUCUGCUGGCUAAUUACUGCACCGAACUCCACGAUGACCAAGCAAAUAAACCUGGAAAUGUUUCUGACGGGUCCAGUUUCCUUUUACCAGAUACAGAGGUGGAUAAAUACUUGCAUCGUUUCCAGCUGUCAGAUGAGACCAUUAUGGAUGUGUCCAUAAGAUUUCGUCGAGAGAUGGACAAAGGCCUGUGCAGAGACACCAACCCCACAGCUGCGGUCAAGAUGCUGCCCACAUACGUGCUCUCCACUCCUGAUGGAUCUGAACAAGGGGAAUUCCUUGCCCUAGACCUUGGUGGAUCCAACUUCCGAGUACUCCUUGUCACCGUCCAAGCUGAUGGCGAGAAAAAGGUGGAGAUGGAACAUCAGAUCUAUGAAAUUUCUGAACACCUCAUGAGAGGCUCCGGUACUGAGCUGUUUGACCACAUAGUUGACUGUCUGGCAAACUUUAUGGAGAAGAUGGGCGUCAAAAAUAAAAAGCUUCCACUGGGCUUCACCUUCUCUUUUCCCUGUCAGCAAACCAAGUUGGACGAGAGUGUUCUGAUAUCUUGGACCAAAGGCUUCAGGUCUAGUGGCGUAGAAGGAAAAGAUGUCGUCAGCCUUCUGAGGAAAGCCAUCAAAAAACGAGGGGACUUUGACAUUGACAUUGUGGCAAUGACCAAUGACACAGUGGGAACCAUGAUGACCUGUGGCUAUGAUGAUCGUCACUGUGAAAUUGGUCUCAUUGUGGGCACCGGGACCAAUGCCUGCUACAUGGAACAGAUGAGGAACAUUGAGCUGCUCGAUGGUGACGAGGGGCGGAUGUGCAUUAAUACAGAAUGGGGAGCUUUUGGAGACGAUGGUGCGCUUGAUGACCUACGCACCAACAUUGACCGUGAAAUAGAUGCAGGGUCACUCAACCCUGGCAAGCAGCUGUUUGAGAAGAUGAUCAGCGGGAUGUACAUGGGGGAACUGGUGCGUCUGAUCUUGGUGAAGAUGGCCAGAGAUAAGCUACUGUUCCAGGGCAAGACUACACCACAGCUUCUCACCACUGGAAGCUUUAAGACGAGCUACAUCUGUACCAUCGACAGUGACAAAGAUGAGGAAGGUGUGGAAAGCGCCGAGAAGGUGCUUCGCAGCCUGGGUCUGGACCCAUCGGUUGAGGACUGCAUAGCUACGGAGAGGGUGUGUCAGAUAGUGUCUACACGGGCCGCACACUUGUGUGCUGCCGCUCUAGUGGCAGUGCUUCGACAGAUCCGUGAUAACAAAGCGGCUGAGAGGUUACGUACGACUAUCGGAGUGGAUGGCUCUGUUUACAAGAAUCAUUCAGAGUUUUCCAGGAGGCUCCACAAAAUGGUGCGACGUCUUGUGCCAGACUGUGAUGUUCGAUUUUUGCAGUCGCAGGUGGGCAGCGGGAAAGGUGCAGCUAUGGUAACAGCAGUAGCCUACCGUCUCGCUGCUCAGUAUGCUGAGCGUCAGCGCAUCCUUGAUACCUUGCGUUUGAGUCGUGAGCAGCUGCUGGAGGUAAAGAAGCGAAUGACUGAGGAGAUGUUGCGAGGCUUGUCAAAGCAAACCCAUAAGGAGGCGAGCAUGAAGAUGCUUCCCACCUAUGUCAGAUCCACUCCAGAUGGAACAGAGCAUGGUGACUUUCUGGCUUUGGACCUCGGCGGCUCCAGCUUUCGCGUGCUUCUGGUGCGAGUGCGUAGCGGAAAGAAACACAAUGUGGAAAUGCACCAAAAGAUUUAUAGUAUCCCACAGGAGACCAUGCAAGGCACAGGGGAAGAGCUGUUCAGCCACAUUGUGCACUGCAUCACUGACUUCCUGGAGUACAUGGGCAUGACAGGAGCAUCCUUACCUCUGGGAUUCACAUUCUCCUUCCCCUGUAAUCAAAGCAAACUGGACCAGGGCAUUCUCCUGAAGUGGACAAAGGGUUUCAAAGCCAGCGGCUGUGAAGGGCAGGAUGUUGUUACUCUACUUAAAGAGGCUGUGCGCCGCAAACAGGAGUUUGACUUGAGCUUUGUGGCAGUAGUUAAUGACACAGUGGGAACCAUGAUGACCUGUGGCUACGAGGACCCCAGAUGUGAGGUGGGCCUCAUCGUUGGCACAGGAACCAAUGCCUGCUACAUGGAGGAAAUGCGGAACAUCGAAACGGUCGAGGGGAACGAAGGUCGUAUGUGUGUCAACAUGGAAUGGGGAGCGUUCGGAGAAAACGGUGAACUAGACGACUUCUGCACCGAGUUUGAUCGGGCUGUCGAUGAGAGUUCUAACUUCCCCGGGAAACAGAGGUAUGAGAAGAUGAUCAGCGGCAUGUACCUCGGGGAGAUCGUGAGGAACGUGUUACUGGAUUUUACUGACAAGGGCCUGCUGUUCAGAGGCCAAGUGUCCGAGAGACUGAAGACCCGGGGCAUCUUUGAGACAAAGUUCCUGUCACAGAUUGAACGUGACCGUCUGGCCAUGCGUCAGAUUCGCUCGAUCCUUCAGCACCUGGGCCUCACCGGCACCACAUGUGACGACAGCGCACUGGUGAAGGAGGUGUGCAGCGUGGUCGCCCGCCGCGCCGCCCAGCUCUGUGGUGCAGGUUUAGCCGCGGUGGUUGACAAGAUACGAGAGAACCGCAACCUGAAUCAGCUCUCCGUCACCGUCGGAGUGGAUGGUACCCUUUAUAAGACGCACCCUCAUUUCUCCAGCAUCGUGCAAGAAACGCUGCAAGAUUUGGCGCCGCAGUGUCAGGUGACUUUCCACAAGUCGGAGGACGGAAGUGGAAAGGGAGCGGCACUGAUCACCGCUGUAGCAUGUCGGAUGAAUAGUGAAGGACAACACUGAGCCCUCCCCCCCCGUAGACCACUGGAUAGGUAGACACAGAUCUACUAUGACUGUCUGUUUGAAAUGGGUCACCAUCAGUAGUUACAUAUAAUCUGACCUAAGUUCACUUUGCUUUUUGUCUGUAGUGUCUAUAGGAACAGUGCAUUUUUAAGCACUGACUGUUACAGGCCCAAUUUUUGACUUUCAACUUUCAAGAAAAAGCUUACACCUUAUGCACCUUUAGGAUAAGUGCCUGUCAUUAAAAGACCAAAGCUGAGCAUGAAAUACACUGUCACUAUCAAAGAUAGGUUAGAAUCAAACCAGGAAGCAAACAACUAUACUUUGUAAUGCCCUGAGGUGUGAUCUUUGCAUUUAGAAUACUGUCUGUCAUAUCCGUCUCAAUUAGACUUCAUCUCUGACUAAAUCUGAAUAAAAUGUAAUUGUUACAGUGGAUGAAAGAUUUCAUAUUACUUGUAAAAAAUCAAGCACAAUACUGUAAUUAAAAUACUUUUCUUGCUGUCGUAA